AUGAGCCCAGCCCGAAUGGUGAGAAGGGUGAGUGAGGCCAGGGGGCGGGGAUGGCAUUCAGACUCCACUGGGGGGACCAGCAAGUGCAGAGGCCGUGAGGAGGGGAGGCACCCCUGUGUUCUGGAGCAGCUUGGCUGGACUGAAGCCAGAGAGUGGGUGGGGCCAGAUGGAUUGCACUGGAAGCUACAGGAGCCUUCAGCAGGGUGGCAGGUCUGCUAUUUGCUUUCAGGAGAUUGCCCUGGUGGCUGCAUACAGAUGGCUGAGCUGGGAGAGUGGCUGGGAAGCCUCCUGCUCCCCCUGAGGUCCCCAAGGGGUGGCCUUGGCUUCUCUAAGGCCACAUCUGGCUACCACAAUAGAUGGCGGAAGGCAUGCCUUGGCUGCCCUCAACUUAUCCCAAAGGGCUGGCCCAUGCCCUGUUCUGCAAGAUGCUCUAAUGAUAACAGAUGGUGCCCUUGGAAGCAAAGUAAAAGCCGUGGGCAGAACGUUUGCCCUGGGUCAGCAUGUGAGGUGGAGCGGCGAUCGGCCUCAGCCACUGAAGCGCAGAGAGGAAUGUGCCCGAGGAGUCAGGACCUACAGGAAGGGAAGACGUGGGUCCAGGAAGGGAAGGCACCGCCUUGGGAGACCCCAUCUCUGACUCCUUACAGUUUUGUUUCCUUUCAGAGACAACCUCAUCAGCCUGCCGUGGGUCAAGGGUCAGGCCAGGUCCUGGCUCCACCCUGCUUCACACCGCACGCCUCACCUCCCAUCCCCCACCACUGUUCUUAG